GGUCAACCUUCCUCAGGAUCUGAUUGGCUCGUCACGAUCAGGUUCGCUGCUUUGCAAUUGGUCUAAACGCGGAAUAGGCGGGACAAAGUGCUGCCUUGUCCCCGGUCCAAGAUGGCUGCGUCCAUGGCGCGGCGCUUGUGGCCUUUGUUGACUCGUCGGGGGCUCCGGCCCCGGGGAGGCUGCAUCUCCAACGAUAGUCCAAGGAGAAGUUUCGCUACAGAAAAACGAAACCGGAACCUCCUGUACGAGCAUGCGCGCGAGGGCUACAGCGCACUCCCUCAGCUGGCCAUCGAGCGGUUCUGCGCAUGCCCAGAAGAAGCCGCACACGCCCUGGAGCUCCGCAAGGGGGAGCUGCGCUCGGCGGACUUGCCCGCGAUCAUCUCGACAUGGCAGGAGCUGAGGCAGCUGCGGGAGCAGAUCCGGAGCCUGGAGGAAGAGAAGGCAGCUGUGACUGAGGCAGUACGGGCCCUGCUGGCAAACCAGGACAGUGGUGAAGUGCAGCAGGACCCCAAGUACCAGGGUCUGCGGGCACGUGGCCGGGAGAUCCGGAAGGAGCUUGUUCACCUGUACUCCAGGGAGGCCCAGCUUGAGGAGCAGUUCUACCUGCAGGCGCUGAAGCUGCCCAACCAGACCCACCCAGACGUGCCCGUCGGGGAUGAGAGCCAGGCUCGAGUGCUCCACGUGGUCGGAGACAAGCCAGUUUUCUCCUUCCAACCUCGGGGCCACCUGGAAAUUGGCGAGAAACUCGACAUCAUCCGUCAGAAGCGCCUGUCCCACGUGUCUGGCCACCGCUCCUAUUACCUGCGUGGGGCUGGAGCCCUCCUGCAGCACGGCCUGGUCAACUUCACAUUCAACAAGCUUCUCCGCCAGGGCUUCACCCCCAUGACGGUGCCAGACCUUCUCCGCGGAGCAGUGUUUGAAGGCUGUGGGAUGACACCAAAUGCCAACCCAUCCCAAAUUUACAAUAUCGACCCUGCUCGCUUCAAAGAUCUCAACCUGGCUGGAACAGCAGAGGUGGGGCUUGCAGGCUACUUCAUGGACCACACCGUGGCCUUCAGGGACCUGCCAGUCAGGAUGGUUUGCUCCAGCACCUGCUACCGGGCGGAGACAAACACGGGACAGGAACCCCGGGGGCUGUACCGAGUACACCAUUUCACCAAGGUGGAGAUGUUUGGGGUGACAGGCCCUGGGCUGGAGGAGAGCUCACAGCUGCUGGAGGAGUUCCUGUCCCUUCAGAUGGAGAUCUUGACAGAGCUGGGCUUGCACUUCCGGGUCCUGGACAUGCCCACCCAGGAACUGGGCCUCCCCGCCUACCGCAAGUUUGACAUUGAGGCCUGGAUGCCAGGCCGAGGCCGCUUUGGAGAGGUCACCAGUGCUUCCAACUGCACAGACUUCCAGAGCCGCCGCCUCCACAUCAUGUUCCAGACCGAGGCUGGGGAGCUGCAGUUUGCCCACACGGUGAACGCCACUGCCUGUGCUGUCCCCCGCCUCCUCAUUGCGCUCCUGGAGAGUAACCAGCAAAAGGUGAGGGGCCGAGCGGCCCACCCAGAGAGGCAGCUCAGCGCGGGGGAGGGCUGGGGCAUCUGCAGUGUCCUGAGGUCUGCUCUGUCCCCAGGACGGCUCAGUGCUCGUGCCCCCUGCCCUCCAGCCCUACCUUGGCACCGAUCGGAUCACAGCCCCCACCCACGUGCCUCUCCAGUACAUUGGCCCCAACCAGCCCCGGAAGCCUGGGCUGCCUGGCCAGCCUGCUGUAAGCUGAGAACCCACCCACAGCAGCCCUUGGGGGUGUCACUGCUUCCUGGAGCUCAGGAGACCCCGGACACCUGGGACCUGUGUUCCUGAGCCCAUCCUGACAUCUGUGUUCUUCCUGUCAGCUCCACGCCCGGGCCCCUGGACCCCAGGGUCCACCUCUCCUCUGUUCUUGCUGCCUCAGAGUCAGUCACUGACCGUUAUCAUUGAGGGUCCCAGUGGGAAGCAGGACGUCUGGGCUUUAUGGUUCUAGGGACAGGAGAAGCAGAGGAAGAGGCUUCCAUCCCUCCUUCCUUCUUCCCUCCCACAGUGCUAAGCUAAAUGUCCCCAAUAAAUGGUCAGGACAAA